UGUCGAGUUUUUUGUAAACAAAUCGAAAUGCAUAAACUUUUUCUUCUUGUUGUGGCACUUGUUGGUCUUUGCAAGACCUUAGACGCCUACUGGAUCAACAGAUGUGAACCAGUGGCCGUGUACAUGCCUUGUGCAACCCCUUGUGCAACCCCAUGUGCAACCCCUUGUGCAACCUCAUGUGUUACCCCAUGUGCAUGCCCCAAUACGUGCCAAACUACAUACAGCAUGCCAGUCACACCUUGCCAACCUGCCUGUAACAUCUGCCCUAUAUCUGACUGCAUGAAAACCUGCUCUACCAUGAAGUCCUGCGAGAAUGCGUGUAUGGACCCGGAAUGUCAGUGCCUGAAGGCCCUUUACAACUUUCCGGAUGUCGAGUACCCGACGUGUGCGGUAGUCAAAUCGUGUUGUUACUAAACAAAAAACAUACAUGUUUUCUUUUUUCAUGUAAGUAAGAAAAUAAAAAGAAUUGCUUUAA